CCAAGGGCCAGAAAAAGAAGCUUGAAAAGCAACAUUUGUGUGUGCCCCCCCCUUCUAACCAAUAGGGUUUGUUUAAGUUGAGCAACCACAGCCCAUGCAAGCAGCAGGGCUGGUAUUUAAUGUCCUAGCAGCAGCAGGAGAGGGAUAAGGAUUUCCCUGGUUGAAAUGUAUCUUUUAAUUCUGAUAAUGCCACUUGCUUGCUUGGGUGGAGGAUCAAGAGGGAGUGUGUGUAAAAACUACCCUACUGUAGCAAGAUUGAGCUGCUGUUAAAGGCCCAGAAGCGCAGGAGGCCAGCAGGAAAGUUGGCAACCCUGGUUGGAGGUGACCCUGAGAUCUAGUGGAAUACCUGCUGCUUUUGGCAACAGGGGGCUAUGACCUCUUAUGGUGGAAACCAUUAACUCCCCUUGUUGAUGCGGAUGCUCAGGAAACAGUAUGAAGAUGAAAAGAGAAGCGGUGUACGGAAUAAAGACCAGGCCUACAGCCCCGUCCUCCGCUCACUGGCCCGUCUGCGUCCCGACAUGACCCUGGAGGAUGGGGUCCCCCGUGCCGUGCAAGAGUGGGAGUACAGCAGCAACUUUGAGCGCAUGAUCUUCUACGAAAUGGCAGAAAAGUUCAUGGAGUUUGAAGCAGAAGAGGAGCAGCAGAUCCAGAAGAUGAAACUUUUGGCCAGUUGCUCUCAGUUCCAGGCCCCAGCUACCAAACCCACAAAGCCGCCAGCGUCCCCCAUCCCUGAGCCUGGGCAACAGCAAGUUUACAUCCCCAAGAAGUCAGCCUCCAAGAGCCGCCAGCCCAGGCGGCGACAGCGGCGUCCGCCCAGCACUUCUGCCCCAGGAGCGCCCAGGGAGAUCCCUGCAGAGGCGGUGCACCAGUAUGCUGAGAUCAUGGAAGGCCUGGACACGAGUUGGGAGGAAGAAGAGGACGAGAAGAAAGAGCAAGGGAUGUACAGCAACCCUCAGGACCAGGAGGAUGGGGUAUUCCCAGAUCCUGCCUUGCUACAGUACAUUGAUCAGUUGUGCGACGAUGAAGAAUUUAUCUGUAAGGUCGAAGCAGUCAUCCAUCCACAGUUUAUGGCCGACUUACUGUCUCCAGAGAAAAGCCAGGAUCCUCUAGAUCUGGUAGAGGAAUUGGUGGAGGAGUUAAACUUAACACCCAAUCAGCUGACAGAGAAGAGACUCCUGGCACUGUCGGAAGAAGAAAGAGAGGCCUCCGUCUACCCUACAUCCCAUUCGGACUCCACCCCGUCGCAGUCUGAGGAAGAGGAUGAGGUCAGCGGUAAUGGGAAAGGAGAAGAUGUUUCGUGCCACGCCGUGAAGAGGCCUUUGACUAACAAGGGUGUUAGAAGCAACCAACCAGAACCAUCUGCACCAGCCAUCAGCUCCCCACUGGCACAUCAUUUGCAUCAACGAUUGGGAGACAGGAAUUCACCACCAAAGGCAGAGCGUUCAUCUCCUCACAAAUGUGGCAGUCAGGAAGGAAGCCUGCUACCCACCCUGAACAACACAAAUGAAGUGGAAACCCAGAGCUCACAGGGACAAGACCAAGCUGGAGGUCACGCCAACGGAAUCCCUCCUCAUAGGCAAUGGGUCAUGUUGGAAGCUAUUCCAAGCAUGAACGGAAACAGCAGCAUUACUGGGAACGUAACAUCCCACAGGGACAAGGCAGGGCAAGGCAUUGCAAGGUCCUAUGCCAUAGGACAUUCAACGCAAGAUGGCAGCCAAGAAGAAAAGGUCAAGGGUCACGCUAUGGAGCAAGGCAGCCAUGCUGUCACAGCGCAGUUCCAUAAUGGAAUGGAGCUAGUUUGGAGUAAUCUAGAAUCAGCCCACAACAAAUAUGAAAAAGAAGAUGGUAUCCAACGCGAGGAGGUCAUAUCUCGAAAGAAAUCUCAUGCUAUCCGGGAAAUACAGGAAGAUUCUCCAAAAGGGUCCAACUCUGAUAGUCAAGACGUAAGUAAAAUGUUAUUAGGGGACCACAUAGCAGGAGAAAGUGCUCUUAAGAUUACUUUGAAUGGGCAUGGGGGACACAAUGUUGACCAUGUAGAAAAGGUCAGAGGUCCACUCCAAGGUCAAGAUAGUAGAGGGUCUGAGGAUGCCUCAAGUAGAACAGAGCUCGACUGCCAGGAUGAAGAGAUGCCAUCUCAUCCAGACAACCAGAUGAAGCAAAGGAGUUGGGAAUUCAUUCAGACUGAAUAUGAAAAACGAGAUGGCUGCCAUGGAGAGGUAGCCAAAGAUCAACUUCAGUUCCACGCUAUUUGUAGAGGAGCAACAUCUACCCCUAAUGUAACUGUAUCUCAGUUUGGAAGCAUAAACCCGUGUGGGCGAACUUCAGGAAGGCAAGACAGCCUAACACCGACUUCUUCUGCACCUGGAAACCAACUUGAUGGCCAAGAAGCGAAGGUGAAAUCUCAGAAGAAGCUACAGACUGAUUGGAAGCAAACAAAGACCACACCAGUGAAGGACAUUGGUGUGGUCAAAAGUGCAAGGUUGUCUGCAGAUAAUCUAGCAUUAACAGAAUUGUCAACUUGCCCUAGACAACAUGGCCAAAAGGCAACUGACCCACACCUGUUGGAAACUGAUGAAGAAGUUAACUCCAAAUCACAUGUUGAACUCAGCGGGGGAAACAGGCAGCAGUUGGCUUUAUUGGAUUCUAGUGGGGUAGAGGUGCUUAAAGACCAGCCACCUGGCACAGAUUCUGAGCAUCUUCCAUAUUUCACCUUCUCAGUGCUGGAGUCUCCAUCUUCAAGUUUACAGAAGUGUCCAGAGAGAUUCCAAAAGUCUCAGUGGCUACUCACAAAUCAGUACAAGGUCACCCCUUGGGUGGAAAGCCUACCAGAUGAUAAGCAGACCCUUGCGCCCACUCUGAAUCCUUCAGGCUAUGUCAUCAUGGUUGAGGCUGAUGGAGGCAGCUGCGGUCCAGGUGGAGAUCACACCUCUGGACCUGCCAGUCCUGGCAAAGGAGUGGCAACAUUUCCGCUACAAGGCGGUGGUGGCAGCAGCAGUCAUGGAAAUGAUGAGCCCAAUCAGAGAUCUGAGUCUAGCAAUCCACCCUCUUCCAAAGCCCACAGUGGGCCAGCCAGUUCAGAAAGUAACAUGAAGAGCUUGAGUCAGGUGGAAGGGGGAGAUUUGCUCGAAAGAAUCGCCACGGCAAAAGGCAUGCAUCCAGAACUCCCCGGAGGAAGCAUGGAAGGCAGCCUUAAAUAUGAUACUAAAGAAGAAGAGGAGGAGGAUGAAGAGCUGUCUAGUUUCUCCUCCUUGCUUGCCUCCAAGCUCAGCCUCUCACCCCACAGUGGUCUAGCACCUCUCGCAAGGGAACAAGGAGACACAGUGCCCUCCUCACCUACUGAUACUGGGAAGCAAGGUGCUAAGGCGAGGCAUUCCACCAGGGGGCAGGGCCCCCAGAACUUCACUGCCCUACCAAACAAGAGCCUGGAAGCAAAGCCAACCGUCCAGCGUAGCCACAAGAGAAAGAACAAUUGCUCAGGUACUCGGAGGAGCAAGCGCCUUCGCAACCAGUAAAGAAGUUUCUUUUUCUAUGGAGGUGGACUCUAGCAAAAGCACUGGUGAAGUCUUUUUAAGUCCUAAUUCCGGUACUGUCAUCUCCGCUGCACUAAGAUUUAAAAGCCACGCCGCUGCUCAAAGUACUACAGAUAAAAAUGAAAAGACUGUGCCAGAAUAUGCUGCUUGAUCCACGAUCUGUCUAAACGCACUUCCCGUGGGACUGGAGGGGCCCCCCUCCCGUUUGUUCAAAUGUC